GACUCCAGGAUCUAUGAGAUGAACAGGCAACAAUCCAAUCGUCUACGGCUUCUUCAAUGCACUGCAUUGUUGUUCGUCGUUUUGGUGGUACAAGACAACAAAUGCGUGCAACGCUAGGGUCUGUUGCCUGAUUUAUCCUGGAGAGUUCGGUUCAGUUUCGCAAAAGGAGUGAAUAUAAAAGCUGCAAUCAAUGUACCCAGAUUCAUUUUUUCACAAUAUCUUUUGUAUCAAUUUUGCAGCGAUAAUCGAAUUAUCUCCAAAGCUCUACCAGAACAAUGGGUUACACGCACUACUGGACCGUAAAGGACUACGAAAAAUGGAUUUCCAUAUGGGAAUUUCUCGUACCCGACGUUCGCAAGAUCGUCCAGGCGGCUAAUGUAGAACUGAGCGAUGGCUCCGACGACGAAUCGCUGCCUGCGGUAAUUGACGAAGAGAAAGGCAUCGACAUCAACGGGAGAGGAGAUCUAGCGCACGAACAGUUUCAUCUGGAACGAGACACCGACGCCAAAAUGGAUUUCACGAAAACCGCCAGGAAACCAUACGACCUCGUUGUUGCCACCAUCUUGAUCCGAGCAAAAGUAUUGAUGAAAGCUGGGAUUGUUGUCGAGUCUGAUGGGACCUGGGACGAUGAUUGGCUUGAGGCGAGGCAACUGUAUGCGAGCUUGUGGCCCGAGGAUAUAUUGGAGGGUAUAUUAGGAAAAGAGUAGAUUUCAUGUAUAUAAACAUGGACCUUAAUUCCCAAGCUACGAGAUGAAAUGGUUACAAUAAAUGCAACAACCUAUCACGGCA